AUGUCAAGUAUACCUCCCGACUCCGAACUUGGCUCAUCGCCGGCCCCGCCCUCGGUAUGCUCCCGAACAAAGUCUCAGCGUACCCUCGCCUGCGUGCUCUGCCAGCAGCGCAAGGUCAAAUGUGAUCGAAAAUUCCCUUGCUCCAAUUGCCUCAGGUUUAAGGCAGAGUGCGUUCCUGCGGCGCUGAAUCCGCGACAGCGAAAACGCCGCUUUCCUGAGCGGGACCUUCUGGAGCGGAUCCGCAAGUAUGAGGAUCUCCUCCGCCAGAACAAGAUCACGUUCGAACCACUCCACAAAAGCACAACUGGAAAUAAAAGACCCCCCAACGCAGCAGUUGAUCAUGAUUCGGAUGGUGAACUACCAGACUCGAUGAGCAUGGAUCAGUCAUCUCCCUCCACAUCCGAAACCCCUAAAGAAAUACAUGAGGCCAAGAAUUUUUGGCAUGCUCUGAGAACACAAGGUUUUCCACAAAAUGACAAUGAGAGGGAAUCCUCACAUGACGAAUUGAGCCUGGAUGGAGUCAAGAAGGCAUGGGAUCAACUAUUUGCUGAACAUGACAAUCUUCUUCUCUUUGGUUCGCGCAAGACGGCUGUCGAACUUUCUACUCUUCACCCUGAACCAGUCCAGCUAUUUCGGCUUUGGCAGAUCUAUCUGGACAAUGUCGAUCCUUUGCUCAAGGUUACACACACACCUAGUCUACAAAGCCGCAUUAUUGAAGUAGCCAGCAAUCUCGCUGGUGUUAGCUGCACUUUUGAGGCACUCCUGUUUGGCAUAUACUCCAUUGCUAUCAUGAGCAUUACAGCCGAUGAAUGUCAGACUGCAUUUAGAUCGUCAAGGGAAGAGCUCUUGGCCAAGUAUCAAUUUGGUUGCCAGCAAGCCCUGUUGAACUGCGGCUACCUGCGGACCGGCGAUCGCGAAUGUUUGACUGCGUUUUAUCUCUUCCUGGUCUCCAUUGGACGCAGCACAGAUCCUCGAUCUAUGUCCUCCAUGCUCGGCAUAGCGAUGCGCAUUGCACACCGUAUAGGGAUUCACAGCGAGGUGGUUUGCUCCAAGCAUACACCUCUCGAAGCCGAAAUGUGCAGGCGACUCUGGUGGUCAAUCAAACUCUUCGACACUCGCAUUGGUGAGCUAGCUGACUACAAAAACGUUGCGCUGGCUCCCACUUGGGACUGUAAAAUCCCUCUCAAUGUGAACGAUUCUGAUCUUCGACCUGAAAUGAAAGAACCCCCACUGGUUUUGAAUACAUCUAGUGAGGCACUUUUCGUCGUUGUGCGCAGUGAACUUCGCGAGUUUGUUCGCCAUGCUAAGUUUCAUUUUGACUACCACACUCCGAAUUUUGUCUCCGCCACCAAUGAUGCUCAGCGGCACUCUAAUCCCGAAAACAGUGAGCUUGACGCUUUGGAAAGGAUGAUCGAGGAUAAAUAUCUGAAGUUUUGCAACCCGGAAAAUCCACUUCAUUUCAUGACGAUCUGGACAACUCGGACUUACAUUGCGAAAUACAGACUUGUAGAGCAUUACUCAAAGCUUUUGGAGUCGUCUUCGGAUGUGACCGAGAGGCGGCGUGAUUUCGCUGUUUUCCAUGCCAUGGAGAUGCUUGAAGGAGAUACUAAGAUCAUGACUUCACCUCUUACCAAAGGGUUCAUUUGGCAUGUGAAUUUUCACUUCCCGCUCCCCGCAUAUAUCCACAUACUGCAAGACUUCAAGAGGCGACCGACUCACACGCAAGCUGAGAAGGCCUGGGAAGUUAUGAGUGACAACUUUGAUGCUAGAAUCAAUGUCCCUGAAGACAUUGACUGCCCACUCCUCAAAAUAUUUUCCAGGCUCGUUCUUCCGGCUUGGGAUGCAUAUAACGCGGCAUCCACACGGUUAGGAAAGCCUCCAGUACCUCCCAGGAUUGUAUCCUACAUCCGGGAUGACAUGGCCAGGAAAUCAGGGAACCCUCAAGAUGAAAGCCGUGAACAGGCCCUAUCCCACGACUCUAUCGGCAUAGAUAUCGAUGGCUCAACAAUGCCAAUGCCCAUGGGAUCUGGUAGCUACAGCUUACCAUACAGUGGAGGGCCGGAUGGAUUCGCAGGAGGAGGUCUUGGUCUUCCCGAGUACGCCCAGUCAGAUAUCGAUUUUAAUCAACUUGACUGGGCACUAAUGGACUGGGAGUCUAGUGGGCUUCCCAACUGGUGCAGCUGGUGA